GAUAUAUUGUGUUGUGUAUACGAAAACUCUACACCAGAGCAACUAGUGCAAUUUCGGUACACUAAACAACAGCAAGACAAGACGUGGAAAAUCAAAAAGUACCGUCGAAUCUUGCAAGAUCUCAAAGCCCAGGAGUCUGAUCCAAGCAGCACUGUAUCCGUAGAACACUUUGACCACUUCCUUCAAACCAGGUCUGAACAGUCUACCGUUCUCAGUCGAUUCUAUGGACAUAUCAUCACAAACCAUGAUAAUGGAUACCCUCUCUUUCGCAAGAUCCGCCUUUCAGCGUACUUCAACAAUCAACAUGCCAAUCAAAACCUUAUUCAAGGCUUACGUGCCAAGUUUAGAGAAGACGCCGUGCUUGUGAUGGGAAACUGGUCCGCUUCCCAUGCUAGGUACCAUGAGCCCAUCCGUAACCUUGGUUUCCAAAGACUCCUCAAGAAUCAUGGGUUUCAAGUCUUUCUUAUAGGCGAGUACAAGGUCAGUAGGUGCUGUCCAACAUGCCACAACGAAAGCUUUCACAUGUUUCGCCGACGAUAUUCCACGGUUGUUUACCAUGGUCUUUUAAGAUGCAUCAAUCUAUACUGUAGACCCGCCAUGGCAGCGCUAAGGAUGCUGCAGCUUGCCUCAAUUAUGCACAUCCUCCGUGGGUUUCGAACUAAUGGCAUGGUUCCUCAUAAGUUUCUCCGGGUUGCUGUUGCUCCUACAAGGCAUCGAAGAAGAAUGGACGAUCAGGAGCAACCAAGAAUUAGAACACGCUUAGAUGAUGAUCUUCCGUUCUAG